AUGUUGGCAGCAGCUCCAACGUCGGUCCUUGGAUCAAUACUACCGACUGCUGCUGCUGCUGCUGCACCUGACCUCGCCUUACUCAGAGAGCCGACUCAGCAGCCUACUCCAGAGGAUCCGAGGACCCAGGCCGAGGCUACUGAACGCCUCCUGAUGCCUAUGAACGGCCAAGGUGCAUUAGCCGGGAUUGAUGGUAGUGGAAUUGUCUAUCGGCCACUUAGUAUGUUGGCCAAGGACUCUACCGCAGAGACCGUGACUGGGAACCCUCGUAGUGGUGGUGCCCUUCUGGCCCAACUCCCAGAGCCAGCAGGUCCUGUGGCUGAACGCUUGGAGAGGAAUGUCAUGCAACUCCAAUUGGGCCGGGACGCGGUUGGUCCGCAGAUGAGUAAGGUCACCAGCGCCCUGGCGUCCCUCAAGGAUCGAGGCGGUGCUGCUUCAAGGGCAGAUUCCCACGAGUGGCAUCGCUGA